CGAACUCCACCCAGGUCGCAGGCUGCGCGGUCGGUGGCCGCGAUUUCCCGCCAUUGUGAGAAGUGGAGGUGGGGACCACUGCGCCGCUCCUGCCACGGGUCAGCAGCUCCGAGGCGCUCGUCACCGCGGCAGCGUCUCCCGGAGGCCCGCGGCUCGCGACGCCCCGCGCGUGGGAGGGCGCGGACGAGCCCCCGAGGAGCCGCCGGGUUCCGAGCGCGCUCGGCCCACGGAGAAGCGCCGCACGGGCCGCGCUGGCCCCGGCUCUCAGCGCCAUGCCCUGUGGAGAAGACUGGCUGAGCCACCCGCUCGGCAUCGUGCAGGGCUUCUUCGCCCAAAAUGGAGUUAAUCCCGACUGGGAGAAGAAAGUUAUAGAAUACUUCAAGGAAAAGCUGAAGGAAAAUAAUGCUCCUAAAUGGGUACCAUCAUUGAAUGAAGUUCCCCUUCAUUAUUUGAAGCCUAACAGCUUUGUCAAGUUUCGUUGCAUGAUUCAGGAUAUGUUUGACCCUGAGUUUUACAUGGGUGUUUAUGAGACGGUUAACCAGAACACAAAAGCACGGGUUCUUCAUUUUGGAAAAUACAGGGAUAUAGCAGAAUGUGGGGAUAAUCUGGUUCAAGAUUAUUGUCUUCUUAACCUUUUAUUUAACGCCUAUGUCAAUGCAAACCAAGCUCGAGUCAGUCCCUCGACUUCCUAUACUCCCAGUCGGCACAAGAGGAGUUAUGAAGAUGAUGAAGAUAUGGACCUACAGCCCAGCAAGCAGAAAGACCAACAUGCAGGUGCCAGACAAGCAGGGGGCCUCGGUGGUCUUCACUGGUGCGGAGAGCCAAAACGCUUAGAAACUGAAGCUUCCAGUGGGCAGCAGCUGAACUCCUUGAACCUCUCUUCCCCAUUCGAUCUGAACUUCCCCCUGCCAGGAGAGAAGGGCCCUGCCUGCCUUGUUAAGGUCUAUGAAGACUGGGACUGCUUCAAAGUCAAUGACGUUCUUGAGUUAUAUGGUGUGCUGUCUGUAGAUCCUGUCCUGAGCAUACUGAAUAAUGAAGAAAGCUGGUAUUUCAGUAAUUGCAGUAUCUUACCUUUGUUUUUGUUUGUUUUGUUUUUUCUUUUCCCCUCUUCUAGAUAUACAAGAAGAGAUGUUCUUCCACUAGGAAAAUUUACAGUUAACCUGAGUGGCUGCCCACAAAAUAGCACCUUCACAGAACACCUCUACCGGAUCAUUCAACACCUUGUUCCAGCAUCUUUUCGUCUACAGAUGACGAUAGAAAACAUGAACCAAUUGAAACUCAUUCCCCAUAAAGACUACACAGCCAACCGACUGGUCAGCGGUCUCCUCCAGCUGCCCAAUAACACGUCCCUGGUCAUUGAUGAGACUCUUCUAGAGCAGGGGCAGUUGGACACCUCAGGUGUUCAUAAUGUGACUGCCCUGAGCAACCUGAUAACCUGGCAGAAGGUAGACUAUGACUUCAGUUACCACCAGAUGGAGUUCCCAUGCAACAUCAACGUCCUCAUCACAUCUGAGGGGAGGUCCCUGCUCCCGGCAGACUGCCAGAUUCACUUACAGCCCCAGCUGAUCCCGCCCAACAUGGAAGAGUACAUGAACAGCCUUCUCUCGGCUGUGCUGCCGUCUGUGCUCAACAAGUUCCGCAUCUACCUGACCCUCCUGAGAUUCCUGGAUUACAACAUUUCAGAUGACAUCACCAAGGCGGUUGAAGAUGACUUCGUGGAAAUGCGUAAAAACGACCCUCAGAGUAUCACAGCAGAUGAUCUCCACCAGCUGCUUGUGGUGGCUCGGUUUCUGUCCCUGAGCGCUGGCCAGACCACACUGUCACGAGAGCGAUGGCUGAGAGCAAAGCAGCUGGAGUCGUCCAGAAAACACAGGCUUCAGCAGCACAAGUGUGUGAACGGGAAUGAGCUUUAGAGUCUGAACUGGAGAAGAACGGGCAAGCUACAGCCUCCGUGCUGCACAGCUCAGAUCUGUUUAUACCAUACUGUUUUAUAGAUGAUUUGUAGGCAAAAAAAAAACAAUGACUUUUCCUGAAAUCAAGCCUGGUGACACCUAAAGUUUAUAUGAUUCUCUGUAAGGGCUUUUACCUUACUGGUUUUAUGGAGUUUUGGAGUUUGUUUUAUAAUUAGUUAUGAUGUACAAAAAUGUAUUUGAUAUUAAAGGUUUAAUAAUGAUAAUGUUGCUGAUCAUACCAUUUCCUUAGCCGUAGCUACAGCUUAGGCCAGACUCUUGGAGUGCCGGCUUCCCCUGAAGCUGUGCAUCCACACCUGUGUGAAUACCGUCUGUCUGAGUUUAUCUAGUCGGGACGUUCUUGGCAUUGAUUCGUGAGCUCUCUAGUGUCAGUGUCCACAGCUGGACAGAUACUUUCCCCCCUUAGCAGCUGUUAAUAACCUGCAGAAGUAGGCUUUUCCAUGGCAGGCGUCCCCAACUUUUAGAUUUCAUACACUAGUAAUACUUCCAGAGAUUUCUGGAGUAGGGUUGCCAAUUGAUUUUGCCAAAAUGUGAUCACCAUUUUGUUUCCAUGAAAAGACACCCUCAGACAGGAGGCUCUCGAUGGGACAGAUGCAGCUCUGUGAUUCAAGUCACUACAUUGUUCUUAGCUCCUCUCACACCCUGCAUUUGGGAACUGUCAUUUUAAGGGACUCUGAAGGGAACAUUGUCCGAACAUGAAAGACUUGAUUUAAUCUUUUUUUCCGGUGCUGUGUAUUGAACUUUGGCCUCUCACCUGAGACGUGUUCUCUACCACUAAGCUGCAUCCUUAGCCUGUUGUGUGUGUGUGUGGGGGGGGUGACUUUGAAUCAUUUUCCUCAUUAUUUAGCUGAUUUGAUGAUCAUGCUGGAUUUUGAGCUUUUAAUAUAAGUUUAUCAGAUAGCUUCCAAGUGUGUUAGAUGGGUAACAUCAUUUGCUAGUGCGGUAAAGGCCCAUACAUUACAAGUAGGCUUCCUCAGACCUAUUCAUUUUGAUAUGCAUAUUUUCAAAUAAAAGUUAUUACUUAUAAUUUGCAAAUUAAUAUAGAAUUGUGGCAACAGUAAUCUUCAGAAAGGUUAGAAUAGUGCUUUUAAGCUCUCUGUGGUGCGCGUGAAGAUGAAUUCAUUUGGAAACAGGUGAGUUCAGUGGUCCCUUAUCUUUUUCCUGCUGAAGAGGCUUGCAUUGACAUUGUUAACCAAGGAAACAGGGUCACCCUUGAUAAGUCAAGGAAUUAGCCUGAUGAGAGGAAGUACAGACUACUAGUUGUUCAGCGUUCUUUCCUAACCUCAAAUCUAUUUUUCUAAGCUAAUGUAAAUAAUGUUCAUAUUAGAAUUCUAACUGGUUUUCAUUUUUAUAACUGGUAGACAAGCUCUUCCUUAAACCUUUGAAAAUAAGAUGUUCACAUAGAUUUUUGAAAAUACUUUUUUGUCCUAGAACAAAGUUUUUAGUUUGUCUUGUCAAACUGUACCAAUGUAAACUGUAAUUUACCAAAGAGAAGUCAUAAUUUUGCUUGAUCUUACAGAAAAGUUCCCUUGAGUAACCAUGUCCAGUAAAUAAAACUUCCAAAUUACCAGUA